CUGGCUGGGCGCAACUUCCAUUUUAGGUGUUGGAGCCGAGCGAGGGAGGGAGGGAGGGAAGAAAGAAGGAAGGGAAGAAAGAAGGGGGAGAAAAGAAAGCCAAGAGAGAAAGGUCCCGCAGGAAGAGGAGAAGGAGGAGGAGGAGAACUAGAUUGCGUCCGCCUUCCCAUUGUUUUCUUUUGCCUUUAAGGAGAGGGGCGCUUUAAUUCUUUGUUAGGAAACUGCACGCGCGGGGCUUGCAAAGAAAAAAAGGAGCCCCAGUCGGAGGGAAGUUGUCAAUCUCAACUGCAGAGGAGAGGGAGAGAGAGAACAGAGUUGGUGGCUCUCUCUCUGCAAUCUCGAGAAGUUCCAGCGCCAAAAGGAAGGAAGAUUAGCCUUUAAAGGAAGACCAGAAGCAAGAGUUGGAGGAGGAGAAGGAGGCAAAGCCUUUUCUCUCCUGCUUCCUUGCUGUUGGUGGCUGGGCUGUUUCUCCCAUGAUUUUCUGCACUUAGACCAAGCUGUGCCUUAGCCAAUCAGUUCAGACCGGCCUUCUUCCUCCACAGUGAGGGGUUCCUCUGCCCCUCAACAACACCUUUCUUUGUGACGUCCUUUCCCACAAACCCUGUGGCGUCUCCCUGCCUUGCGCCCACUUCUCCCCCACGUGGGGCCUUCACAACCAUGGAUGACUCGGAAGUGGAGUCGACCGCCAGCAUACUGGCCUCCGUCAAAGAGCAGGAGGCCCAGUUUGAGAAGCUGACACGGGCGCUGGAGGAAGAGCGGCGCCACGUCUCUGCGCAGCUGGAGCGCGUGCGUGUCUCCCCACAGGAUGCCAGCCAGACCAUGGCCAACGGCACCCUCACCCGCCGGCACCAGAACGGCCGUUUUUUGGGCAAUGCUGACUUGGAAAGGCAGAAAUUCUCAGAACUGAAACUCAACGGACCACAGGACCACAGUCACCUUAUCUACAGCACCAUUCCCAGGAUGCAGGACCCAGGGCAGAUUGUGGAGGAGACUUACACCAUGGAGGAGGACCCAGAGGGUGCCAUGUCAGUUGUUUCAGUUGAAACCUCCGACGAUGGGACAACUCGUCGAACAGAGACCACAGUGAAAAAAGUAGUGAAGACAAUGACAACACGCACCGUGCAGCAAGUUCCAGUUGGUCUGGACGGGUUACCUGUGGAUGGAUCUCCAGUUACUAACAGCUACAUCCAGACCAUAGAUCGGAACUUCAGGAAAAACACCAACGGCGGCCCCGGUGCCUACAUGAGCCAACCUGGCACAGCUACCCUCCCACGCAACUACCACUACCCCGAUGGCUAUGGCCGCCCGUAUGAGGACAGCUACCAUGGCAGUGAGCACAACUAUGGGAGCCUGUCUCGUGUGACCCGCAUUGAUGAGCGCUACCGUCCUUCUAUGGAUGGCUACCGGGCUCCCAGCCGGCAGGAUGUCUACGGGCCUCAGCCGCAGGUGCGGGUAGGGGGAAGCAAUAUGGAUUUGAACCGCUUCCACGCAGAGCCUUACGGGAUGGAGGAUGACCAGCGCAGCAUGGGAUAUGAUGACCUGGAUUAUGGCACAAUGCCAGAUUAUGGUACAGCCAGACGGACCGGGACUCCUUCUGAUCCUCGUCAGCGACUCAGGAGUUAUGAGGACAUGUUGGUAGAUGAUAUGGCUAGGGACCAGUAUUACUGGGCCCCACUAGCCCAGCAUGAGAGAGGCAGCUUAGCUAGCCUUGACAGCCUGAGGAAAGGAGGCCAGCCUCCGGGCAACUGGCGCCAGCCUGAGCUCCCGGAGGUGAUUGCCAUGCUGGGGUUCCGCCUGGAUGCAGUCAAAUCCAAUGCUGCAGCCUACCUCCAGCACUUGUGCUUCCGCAAUGACAAGGUGAAGACAGAUGUGCGCAAGCUGAAGGGCAUUCCUGUCCUUGUGGGGCUGCUGGACCACCCCAAGAAGGAGGUGCACUAUGGGGCAUGUGGGGCCCUCAAGAACAUCUCCUUCGGGAAGGACCAGGAUAACAAGAUUGCCAUCAAGAACUGUGACGGUGUCCCUGCCUUGGUGCGGCUUCUGCGGAAAGCACGUGACAUGGACCUCACGGAAGUUAUCACAGGGACGCUAUGGAACCUCUCUUCUCACGACUCAAUAAAGAUGGCCAUUGUGGAUAAUGCCUUACAUGCCCUCACUGAUGAGGUGAUAAUUCCACGCUCUGGCUGGGAGAGGGAGCCCAAUGAGGACUCAAAACCCCGCCACAUAGAGUGGGAGUCGGUGCUCACCAAUACCAUUGGCUGCCUUAGAAACGUCAGCUCUGAGAGAAGUGAAGCCCGCCGUAAGUUGCGAGAGUGUGACGGACUGGUGGAUGCCCUCAUAUAUAUUGUUCAAGCAGAAAUCGGCCAGAAAGAUUUAGACAGCAAGCUUGUGGAGAACUGUGUCUGCCUCCUGAGGAACCUGUCAUACCAGGUGCACCGUGAGAUCCCCCACGCAGAGCGCUACCAGGAAGCCCCUCUCAAUGCUCCCAACAACACUGGCCCUCAUGCAGCCAGCUGUUUUGGUGCCAAGAAAGGCAAAGACGAGUGGUUCGCAAGAGGUAAAAAACCAACAGAGGAUACUUCUGCUGAUAUUGUGGACUUUCCCAAAAGAACAACACCUGCAAAAGGUUAUGAACUCCUUUUCCAGCCAGAAAUUGUCCGUAUUUACAUUUCAUUGUUGAAGGAGAGUAAAGCCCCAGCUAUUUUAGAAGCCUCAGCCGGAGCCAUCCAGAAUCUCUGUGCAGGCCGUUGGACGUAUGGGCGGUACAUUCGUGCUUCGUUGCGCCAGGAGAAAGGCCUCUCUGCUGUUGCUGACCUCCUAACACACGAUGGAGAGCGUGUGGUGAAAGCGGCGUCUGGAGCUCUGCGCAACCUGGCAGUGGAUUCCCGUAACAAAGAGCUGAUAGGUAAACAUGCGAUCCCCAGUUUAGUGAACAAUUUGCCGGGGGGACAGCAGACGCCAGCCAAGAACUUCUCUGAAGACACCGUGGUGUCUCUGCUAAAUACUAUCAACGAGGUUAUUGUGGACAACUUGGAAGCGGCAAAGAAACUGCGGGAGACACAAGGCAUUGAGAAACUUGUGCUGAUCAACAAAUCUGGGAACCGUUCAGAGAGAGAGGUCAGGGCAGCUGCUCUUGUAUUGCAAACCAUCUGGGGUUAUAAAGAGUUGCGGAAGCCACUGGAGAAGGAAGGGUGGAAGAAAUCUGACUUCCAGGUGAAUCUGAAUAACACUUCCAGAAGCCAGGGUGGCAACUCCUUUGAUGACAGCACCUUGCCUCUCAUUGAUAAGAACCAAAAGGGAGACAAGAAAUCUUCUCGAGAAGAGAUCCAAAUGGGCAACAUGGGACCAGACAACUAUUCAACACUGAACGAACGGGACCACAACAGGACAUUGGAACGAUCUGGAGAAGAAAUGGACUCUAUGAAGGGAGCACCACUGAUGCAGGAGGAAGGGCAGGAAUUCCUUGAGGAGCAUGACCAGUUGCUUUAUCCUCCUAUGCAGAAGAUUUAGCGUUACCACUGUCUGCCUUCUCUGUUUUGGGUUUAUAACAUACUACGUAUAACUCUUUGUGGUGAAAUGGACUUACUUUUUUUUAAUCUCUUGGCACACAAGUCCAGCCACCCAACCAAAUCGACUGGCCCCCUCUGCCCACAGAGCUUCACACCUCCCUGUGGAUCGCUGUGCAUCCAGUCUUCUGGGCACUUCCCCCACCUUUCUUUUUGAAAAAAAAAAAUCCAACAGCAAUUCCUGAAGACCAAAUACGACUCAUGAUGGAUCUCUCUUGAGCAACUUAGGCAGAUGCUUGAAAAAAAGUAGAAGCUUCUACUGUGUCCACAGUGGAAGAUAGAAGCCGCCAAGGCUAAUGGAUCUCAGCUGAACUCAACCAUACUGGAACUAGGUUUUUUUCUCCUUUCUGGUGAUGUCAGCUUUCUUCAUAGAGAACUGGAAAAAGAGAACCUAUCUCCUUCUUCUCUUAGCCUAUAGAAUAUAUUUUUGUGUGUGAUUCAUUUUCUUUCAACAAAGGAUGCUGGAAUACUGGAACAUUCCUGGGGUGGGGGUGAUGGUGGUGGUGGAUGUGAGGGAGACGGGUGGGGAUAACGAAUGACAAAGGAGGGACAACUUGUAAGUGGCUGCGUCCAGGCCAUCUGGAUGCAAGAUGGCCUUCAAGAAUAGUGCCUCUUUGAGGUGACAGCCCUCUGUAUCCUCAUAAGCUGAGGAGGAAUGUGUGGGUCUGCAGCUGUUUUCUCCAUUUCUUCGUUGUUUCUUGAGGGUCUAAGAUAGGUUAACUCCAAGUAUGGGGAGCUAUUUAUUUGUGGGAGCCAAGCAGCUUGGAGUGCAGGGAUGUGAGGGAAGGGGAAGAGGAUGGAGUAUGUUAAGUGAAAGUUGGUAGAGAGGGACAAAAGCCUUCAGACCUCUGAAUUGGCAAUUUAGUUCUCCAAUGUGGAGGACAACACAAAGGUGGCAGGUUUUGGUUUGCUGACAGACAGUUUUGACUUCAGUGGUGGCUGCCAAGGCAGGCUGUAUAGUUCCUGGUGGUGGUGGUGAUGGUGACGGGGCUGAUGAAGUGGGAAGCUUGGUGAUGCGAAAGGUUGUGUGAGGGAAGGGAGGCCAUUUGUAAAUAUUGCCCAGAUCCUCCCAUGCAGGCAGGGGAAUCGAACGAUUAUCUGUCACUAUUAUCACGUGCCUUUCUUUGCCACUGUGAAAUAGCUUGGUGCUUUUGCUAGUUCGAGUGAAGAAGGUUGAUAGCUGCCUAAACUGGAGAGAGGCAUUUUUGACGCAGAACUCAUGAUCUUCCUGCUCUCUCCCCAUUCUCCAUGUUGGAGCCAUGUUUUGACAGAAGGUCUUGAGAAGUUUGUAUUGGGAGCUGAGUGGGGGGAGACCAGGAACUCAGAUCUGCCAACUCCUAAAAGGCUGUGGAGAGAGAGGUAGAGUUAAUGUGGGGUAAGAAUUAGUAUGUGCACCUUAAUGGCUCACCUCUUCAGGAAAUGAGAGGAUUUUUGGUUCUGAGAACAGGUUUUUAUCCUUAUCAGCAAAGCAGCCGUAAAGGAGACAGUAGUGACAAGCUCUGUGCACCAUAUUGGUGACUCCAUCUUUUUCUGUACUGAAGAGGAUUACAGCCUUGACCCUCAUCUCUCUCCCAACCUCCCAACCUGUUUUCAGCCCAGCAACUAGAGGGAACUUUAUCACCCUUGACUCCUGGGAUGCUCUCCCACCAACAGUCCACAUUGCGCAGGCAUGAAGGCCAAAUAAGACGGAAUAUUAUUGUAAUUCCUUGCGUGCUCCAAUCCGAAGUGUUUUUUAAACCCCUUUGGGGGCUUAGCAGGAGGGAUUGAAACAUGUAAAUCAGCCUUCUGAGGUCAGAUUCACUCAACUUUUUCUAAUAUAAAACACUAUUUCCUUUUUAAAAUUCCGGUGAACCAAAAAAAUACCCUUCCCCACUGACCAAUUCAAUGCUGUAGGAAGAACUAAUAAACUCACUUUUUAUUUUUGGCUUUUCCUUUGCACCCCUGGGGAGGGGAACAUCCUGCUGUUCUUUGAGUCCUGCACUCAUUCUGUAAUGCUUUUAAAUGAAAUGAUUUUUAUAUAAAUAAAGUUUUAAAGUGUGUAUUUGUUAAAAUGGAA